AAGACCUCUCCUCCACUGGUACACCAAGCCACAGCACAAGAGCCACCACCUCCACUUCCUCAAACAUCACCCCCACCCUCACCUCAAAUCUCUGCUUCUCAACUUCCUCAGACCUUACCAUCUCCUCCUUUCUCUUCGCUCCCAUCUCAAUCUUGGGAGGAAGUCCUGUGCGACGUUUGCCUUGGGGAAGGUAGGCCGAAGGCGGUCAAAUCCUGCCUGGUGUGUCUGACUUCAUACUGCGAGGAGCAUCUGAAAUGUCACUCAGCCCGCUUCACUAAGCACAAGCUGAUGGAGCCCGUUGCCAACAUGGAGGACAGGAUGUGUCCGAAGCACGAGAGGCUCCUGGAGCUGUUCUGUAAGAAGGAUCAGAUGUGCGUGUGCGUCCUCUGCACCGAGACGGACCACAGGGCUCACUACACAGUCCCUGUGGAGAGAGAAUGGACAGAGAAAAAGGCACAGCUUAAGAGGACAGGAAUAGACGUUCAGCAGAUGAUCCAGGACAGAGUGAAAAAGGUGGAGGAGAUCAAACACUCUGUGGAGCUUAAUAAAGCCAGUGCUCAAAGAGAGAUUGAGGAAAGCAUGCAGGUCUUCUCGGAGCUGGUGCGCUCCAUCCAGAAAACUCAGGCCGAGCUGGUUUUGGUCAUCGAGGAGAAGCAGAGGCAGACGGAGAGGUGGGCUCAAGGCCUCAUUGCUGAACUGGAACAGGAAAUCACUGAGCUAAAGAGGAGGAACACAGAGUUGGAAACCGUUGCUCGGACUGACCACAUUCAUUUCUUAAAGGUGAGAGAGGCUUUGUUUCAGUGCUCAGUGUCGGGGAGCUAAAUUUAAGUUGUGGUACUUGAUAUUUUA